GCAAGCCUUCUGGGCAAACCUUGGCUUUAAACCUCGACUUUGGUAACACAUGGCAACUAGAUCUGGGGAGCAAACGGCUCCUCUAAAACUUUAACCGCAAAAGAUUUCUUGCUUCCAGCCCCUGCUCACGUGGACUUGAACGCCCUCUUAACUUUCUAGGAGGCGGACUCCGCAGAUACCCCGGUGGCAUCCAAUGGCCUCCUCGCGUGGCGUAUAUUUGCGUUGAAACUUUGACCUGAACAGGAAAGCAGAUACUGGCUGAGGAGGGCCCAACGUACGCUAAGCUUCCAAUCCGCCUAUCGUUCUUCCGAUCUAGGUUUCCGAGCGAUAGAAGAGUCCUGGCUCCGGACAAGCCUUAUCUUUCCCCCACAGCCUUGUUCAAAUCCCCCCACCGUUGCUCUUUGCAGGUUGCGAUCACCCUCCUUUUUUUUCUCCCCUUGCUAGACGCCCGCCUCCGUAGCUAAGCAUGGCGUACGAUCCCGAGAAAGGCCUGCCCGAGGCCAAGUACCCUUCUGCGGAGCAGACCUCGCUUGAGGCGAUUCCAGCCGACAACGAUGCCGGCAUGAUGGCCAAGAUGCGUGCGCUGGAGUCUAGGAUGGACAACAAACUUGGUAUCGAGUCGGAGGCCAUCAAUCGCAAGCGUCCAGAGGAUAAGAAGGAGGUGCAUUGGGUUGAGGAGUUGUCAAUGGCGUUGCUAUGGGCUAGCGGUACCAUGAACACGUCUUGUUUCGCGACUGGUUUCCUCGGCUGGGAAUUCGGUCUGAGCCUGAAACAGUCAAUCUUGAUCACCAUUUUCGCCUCACUCCUGGCUGCGACUCUAAGCGGAUACUGCGCCACGUUCGGAGCAGCAACUGGUCUGCGCCAGAUCAGUGUUAGCCGAUACAGUUUUGGCUGGUGGCCUAAUAAGCUGGUUGCCCUUCUCAACGCUAUUCAGCAGAUGGGCUGGGCUGCCGUUUCUUGUAUCACGGGCGGUCUUGCAUUGACCGCAGUUUCCGACGGCCAUGUCUCCUUGAUUCUCGGCAUCAUUAUUCUGGCUGUCGUUGCGCUGAUCAUUUCCUUUGUCGGAUUGAAGGCUAUUCUGUUCUACGAGCGAUGGGCUUGGAUUGUCUUCUUCGUGAUAUUCAUGAUCAUCUUCGGCCAGACUGGCAAGUAUGCCGAUAACACGGCUCCGGCCACUGCCACCGGUGCGAAUCUCGCCGGCGCCGUUCUCAGCUUGAUCGCAGUUGUCUACGGAUCCAGCGCAUCGUGGUGCACUAUGGCCAGUGACUAUUAUGUGCACUAUCCUGCCAACGUGAGUCGCGUGAAGGUCUUCUUCAUGACCACUUUCGGUAUUGCCAUCCCCACUUCGAUCGGCAUGAUUGCAGGCUGUAUAGUCGCCUCUGCUUUGAGCAAUAAGUCCGAUUGGUCCAGCGCAUAUGAGGAGGGAAUUGGCUAUCUCAUUCAAGAUAUGAUUUACCCCCGUGGGUUCGCCAAGUUUCUCCUCACCCUGCUCGUUCUGUCCGGAAUCAACGUCAACGUCAUCAGUAUCUACAGUUCCGCUAUUUCCUUCCAGCAGCUUUCGCGACCGUUUGCUCGUGUUCCCCGAUUCAUUUGGACCAUUUUCUGCUUCAUCUGCAUUCUCGCAUUGGCUAUUGGUGGCCGUCAGAAACUCAACACGUAUCUCCAAAACUUCCUGAGCUUGCUGGGCUAUUGGUGCACUAGCUACGCUGUUAUUCUAUUCGAGGAACACUACGUCUUCCGAAAGGGCAACUUUGACAACUAUGAUUUGGAAGGAUGGAACGACCCGGCUCGACUCCCUCUGGGUAUCGGUGCAGCUGUGGCCUUUGCCCUCGGUGUUGUAGCUUGGGUUGUGGGCAUGGAUGAGACUUGGUUCAUCGGACCCCUGGCUGGGUUGAUUGGCGACUACGGCGGUGACGUUGCUAAUGAGUUUACGUUUGUGGUCACGGCUUUGAGCUAUCUUCCGGCAAGAUACUUGGAGCUCAAAUACUUCGGGCGAUAAGCUAUAUGCCUCCCAAGACUUUGCUGUACAUGCUGCAGAAUGUUUUCGCUUGUCUAUAUAGCUUCAAAUCUCCAUUAUCCACUCAUUAAAAAUAUCAAAUAUUUAAGAUUUAAAC